AGAUAGCGAAACUAAAGCAACAUAUACAAAGAUUUAAAGUAUUUUAAAGUUACCAUUAUAUUCAACCGGGCAUUUUGAAAUCCCGUCCAAAUCCAAAUAGGUCAUAAAGACUAUAUAUAAUGCUGGAAAUUUCUAGUGGCAAUGUGACACCUACACCAUUAGACGGAUGUCCACUAGCUCAUGUAAAGUAUAGACCAUUGAGGGUGGCAUUGGGUUACAUAUUAGCAUUUUUCGGGGGAGUUGCAUAUGGAUAUUCGCAAACCUUUGUAGGUGGUCUUCUUAACAUGCCAAAGUUCCAGGUGGCGCUGUUGGGGAAAUCGUACAUAAAAUUGGUAAAAGCUGUGGUGUCUAAUUUUUGCACAUAUGUGCAUGGGUACAUGUUAAUUUGCUCUGUGUCAGUUCCAAUUGGGACAUCAAUCGGACUAAUUCUGGGCAUAAAGUUGCAAUCUUUUUGGGGUCCAAAAGGGAGAUUGAGAAGUGGAGCAAUAUUGGUACUAAUGGGUGCUUUGUGUGCUAUAGCUUUUCCUCUUGGCAUCGCUUUGGGAUUUUUCUUCUUUGUUAUUGGCAUAGGGAUUGGCAAUAUCCGGGAGGUUGUUCCUAUAUUGUAUAAACAAAUAACUCCCGAAGAUGUUCACGAAAGAAUAGACAACAUAUUUGAUCUUGCCUAUUAUGUUGGCUUGGUUGUAGCAUUACUCAUAAACUAUUUGGUUGCUAGCUUCUUUCCAAAUGGUUGGAAGGUUACAUUUAUAGCCAUAGCCAUACCCGCAGUUAUGUUGACUUUGGCGUCAAUUGUUCUUUUCUUGGUUGAGGUCAAUGAAUCUAAAGUAUCACCGAGGGUUCUACUUGGUCAACACUGUGGUGUCUUUGUCUCCAGGACAUUUUUCCUUCUUCUAGCUCAGUUUAUAGGGUCAUCACAAUUGGUGUUUUAUGGACCAAUGAUUUUGGAGUCGCUCAAGUUUGGGAGUUAUAAUCACCAAUUCCUCGCCCCUCUUAUUGGUUGCUCACUUGGAUCAUUAGCGGCUACUUUUGUGAUACUUUACCUCAUCCCUCACCAUCGACGAAGACAAACUUUUCUCAUAUCUUGCAUUACAAUUUGUGUUUCUCAGGGCUGUAUGUGGUUGCUUUUUGUCAUUUGGGGAACUAAAAGACACCACUUUAAAUCCCCACAAGUUAACACAAUUGCGGGAGUUUUGUUAAUGUUGAUUUAUAGCAGUUACUUUGUGAUAGACGGUCCUUAUGGUUGGACAAGAAAAAGGUAUCCCAAAGCGGCUCAAGGGGUUGGUAGCACGUUAGAGACUGCGAUUAUGCGUUUUGUCGUUGGCAUUAUGAACUCAAUAGUCCCCUUCUCGCUCUGUUUAUUUAAGAAAUGGGUUUUCCUGUACUUAGCUAUUGUUGCACUUGUUUAUUGCGUAAUUGCUCAUUACUUUGUUAGCGAUGAUCAUGCAGAAGAAGAUCAUAUCGUGAUUGUUUAACAGUUCUAACUUCUUAUGUAAUGUGAUAAAAAUAAAACAGAUUUCCAUUAUGCUCG